ACGGCCCAUCAUCUGACGGACGCUCAGCUGGCCCUCCACCACUUUUUCACAACAGAGACUCGGUGGACAAUGUUCACAUCGUGACCAGUGGCCCCCAAACUGUUCGAAUUCACCGCCAGUCCUCUGCCUUGACAUCAUCUGACGCUGUGCGACAUGGAGCCAGCUGCGCCCAAAAGCAAGCUGAAAAAGCUGAGUGAAGACAGUCUGACCAAACAACCGGAGGAAGUGUUUGAUGUUCUAGAGAAACUUGGUGAAGGUUCCUAUGGCAGUGUGUUCAAAGCCAUUCAUAAGGAGUCAGGCCAGGUCGUGGCCAUUAAGCAGGUUCCUGUGGAGUCUGAUCUGCAGGAGAUCAUCAAGGAGAUUUCCAUCAUGCAGCAGUGUGACAGCCCUUAUGUAGUGAAAUACUAUGGCAGCUACUUCAAGAAUACAGACCUUUGGAUUGUCAUGGAGUACUGCGGAGCUGGCUCUGUCUCUGACAUCAUCAGACUGCGCAACAAGACGCUGACAGAGGAUGAGAUUGCCACCAUCCUGAAGUCCACUCUGAAGGGUCUUGAAUAUCUCCACUUCAUGAGAAAGAUCCACCGGGACAUCAAGGCAGGAAACAUCCUUCUUAACACUGAGGGACAUGCCAAACUGGCAGAUUUUGGAGUAGCUGGACAGCUAACGGACACCAUGGCGAAGAGAAACACGGUGAUUGGUACACCAUUCUGGAUGGCACCAGAGGUGAUCCAGGAAAUUGGCUACAACUGUGUGGCAGACAUAUGGUCCCUGGGUAUCACUUCUAUAGAGAUGGCAGAAGGAAAACCUCCCUAUGCUGACAUCCAUCCCAUGAGAGCGAUCUUCAUGAUCCCCACCAACCCUCCUCCAACAUUCAGAAAGCCUGAGCUUUGGUCCGACGAAUUCACAGACUUUGUCAAGAAGUGUCUGGUCAAGAAUCCAGAGCAGAGAGCCACUGCAACCCAGCUCUUACAGCACCAGUUCAUCACCCAGGCUAAGCCAGUCACAAUUUUGAGAGACCUGAUAACUGAAGCCAUGGAGAUGAAAGCUAAAAGGCAGCAGGAGCAGCAGAGGGAGCUGGAGGAGGAAGAUGACAACUCUGAGGAGGAGACUGAGGUGGACUCUCACACCAUGGUGAAGUCAGGCUCAGAAGGUGCAGGAACCAUGAGGGCCACCAGCACCAUGAGUGACGGAGCACAGACCAUGAUCGAACACAGCAGCACCAUGUUGGAGUCAGACCUGGGCACUAUGGUCAUCAACAGCGAUGAUGAAGAGGAGGAUGAAGACCAGGGAUCCAUGAGGAGGCACGCCACCCCCCAGCAGCCGAUACGUCCAUCCUUCAUGGACUACUUUGACAAGCAGGACUCCAACAAGGCAGCCCAGCAGCAGGAGAACUACAACCACAACCAGCCGCAGGAGCAGCCAGGCUACCACAUUCAGUCCAAAAACGUCUUCCCUGACAACUGGAAGGUGCCUCAGGACGGAGACUUUGACUUUUUAAAGAACCUGGACUUCGAGGAGCUCCAGAUGCGUCUGAGUGCCUUAGAUCCCAUGAUGGAGCGGGAGAUUGAGGAGCUCAGGCAGCGCUACACGGCCAAGAGACAGCCCAUCCUGGAUGCAAUGGAUGCAAAGAAGAGACGGCAACAGAACUUCUGAGUGAUCCUCCCUGUCACCUUCACACCCGGGACUCUAAAAGCCACAAAAAACACAAAACGUACGUCCUAAUGACUUGAUGGGACGAAGAUGACUCCACUGACUUUUUUUUUAAGUCGACUGCUGUUCUGACAUAGUGGCCUGUGACUGAAGAGAGAUGUUUCUUCUUCACUCUGGCUCCUGGAAUCCACACUAACAAGCCUCUGUCCAGAUGCUGUUCCUUCAAUUUAAAUCUUAAUUUAGUUUCUCCAGUCUUGUAAAGUUGUGUCUCCUAAAUGAAGCUCAAGUCUGCAGCCAAAGAGAGAACCAAGUCUGUUGAUUACACAUCCGGAAGUGAAAAUUAUUGAUUUCACCUCCUCUAAAGAAAUGUCCCUUUCACAUCUGAUAGAAAACCGUCUUGGGGAGUCAGCAUUAAAACAAAAGAAAGGACAACCAGGCCAACACUACACCAAGCCUUGUUAGCAGCAGGGGCGGUGGUGUAGACAACAAGUGUUCUUUUUUCCCUCAGACUUUGUAACUGUAAAUAUAACAUAGAGCCUAGUUUGGAAAUACCUGCAACAUAAAGCUAUGGAGGUUCAUCCAUGACCAAAGACAAUCAAGGUGAUGCUUCAGUUGAGAAUGCCUUAAAACAUAUUUGAAACCUGGUUUUCAAAAUAAGCAAUGUAGUGAAACAACCAAGUCGUCAUUGGUGGUUGAAUACUUCCUUUCUUGGAGAUGAGUUGGACUCUGCAAAUGUUUGUCAGAAUGGACAGAGAUGACAAAUCAUUUGGUGAAGAGUAGAUCGUGUGUUUUCACUUGUUUUGUGGACCAGAAAAUUCUAAACUUAUUUCAAUAUAGUCUUAUUAUCAUUAUUUAAUUUUGUUGUUUUUAAAUUUGAUGUUCUGGGCUUCUUUAUCACAGCCAAGUCGGUCUAUACUGAUGGAUACCAUGGAUCUUAGUGCCUCAUAACUCACACCUGCAUCCUUCUGGCACACAUCACCCACUCUACGUGAAUUUAAAAUCUACAACCUUACUUAACGGAUGGUUUUUUUUUUUAAUGCAAGGCGUUACAGAAAGUCAGAAGAAUUAUGAUUUCCCUACAAGCUUAAGCAUUCCUAAACAACGACUGUUUUAUUAUCAGUGUGAGCUGUAACAGUGAAGUGAGUUAAUUAAACCAGUUCACCAGUUCACUUGAGUGACUGACUGAUGCUGUUUACUUUAGUAAAAAACGAGCGGCUGCACCAGCCUCAUAUCUCCAGUCUGAGUUUCAGACAUCAGAUCAUUAUUAUAUCCUUUUGCAUUAAGAUCAUUUCCCUGCAGCUUAUCCGUACGUAUGUAUCAGCAACUCUGAAUAUGAUUUCCUGACAUAUCGAGUGUGUGGUGUCAUUGAUGAAGUAAUGAAGAUAUGUUGCUACAAUUUGUAUUACAGACAAAUAUUCAGCGUGUUCAUCGACUGAUGUGACAUUGCCCCUUUGUCAAAUUAUAAGAGGUUUGUAUGAUGUUAAAGCUAACUUCAUUAGCUGUAAUGCAGAAAUGCCAAUCAUAACGCUACAUUGAGUAACAUUUUUUAUUUAACAGUAACAUAUUUGGCUUGGCUCGUAUCUCGGUAACAAUUCUUAAAAAAACAAGUUCAAAGGUUCUGAUCAGAAACGGGGAUGUUCUCCUUUUUGCUCUAAAAUGUUUUUUGAUUUUGAUCCUAACCAACCUAUCAAACAUUUGUUUUCUUCAUGAAGAAAUCAGGUUUCGUGUCACUUGGUUUUGAUGAGUCAUGCUAAUGCUAAUUAUGACACUUUGAAUGAAUCCAGACUGUCAUCGUCUGCAGGUUGCUGUUACAUUUGAAUGUUGAUAAUAUGAUACUGUUCUAAAUAGACCUGUUACACUGUCUUACUGUGUCUUAUAUGAUGGACAAUGAGGCUGAAUGGUUAAACACAUGAAUCUCAAUCACCACUAUCUAUUAAUGCUCACGUUUGAACUUGUUAUUUUUCUGCUUUAACAUGAACCUCUUUCACAAUACUCAUUAAUAUUCUUGCCAUUGUUUUCGUGAAUCAAGACUACAGCAUAUUGGCAACACAAGCAUUCACACUAUUUAUUUAACGCUUCAACCUCUUUUUUUUUCGUGACACUGGUUUAAAUACAGAAGCUGAUUUGACUGUUUCACAUUUUGACCCUCUGUCGGAUAUAUUGUGUGUUAGACUAUGCAUGUUCAUAAUUAUCUUUGCUCUGUAGUGGAAUGCUCUUAUAUUAACUGCACAGGUAAGGAGUAUUGUUUAUAUGGAAGAUUGAUUAUUUUCACAGCUUUUAAUUAUUGAAUAAAAAAUAUUUGCUCUGUAAAAAAAUGAAAAGCCCAGUUUGAAACAUGACAUUGUUCAGAACUGAUCAUGUUGUGUAUCUAAAAAUCACUUCUUUUUUUUUUUUAACUAUAUAGCAACAUGAUUUUGUCUUCAUUUAUGAAUUGAGGUUUAGGGUGGAAUGUAAGCAUUUCUGUUUGAACCACUUAAUUUAUUAUGUUUGUAAGACUUUAUAACGUUUUGAAAAAGUGCAAGAAAUAAUAAAAGUUACUUAUAGUUAA